GCGGUAUAACAUCCCGGAGCCCCGCGCUGCUAGAGCGCGGCCUACGCACUUUGUGGCCAUCAGGCUUUUCUCGCGCAUGAUCCGCCGCAAUGUGCAGCAGAUGCAGCAAUGGUUCAUUGCCAAGAACCCGCUCUUCGAGCAAUGCUUGGUGCCGGUUCGGCGACUUCACUCGUCGUUGUUGCUGACAUCCAUUCCUAAUGAACGGCGUGGCGAGGCUCAGGAGGCGUGUCACGAAGCCGGCGAGGAAAUCCGUGACAUGCUGGGAGACCAACCUGUGAAGAUUAUUGCAAGUGGCAUUAGUUGCUUCAACGGUCAGAUACUGUUCACGCGACUGCGGACUGAGCCACACGAUAUGCUGCAAGAUAUCCACGACAUCCUGGCUACCACGUUCAUGCAACAUGGGUUUCCAGUCUUGGACGAAAGCGCGAAGUCAUGGUUGUCAGAAGACGAAGAACCACACGAUUUCAAAGCGCACGCGUCGUUCAUCAAGGUCUCUAAAGCGCUGGCACACGCGAAGACGGACGCAGAGAAGCGCCGCCUGCGCUCGUUACGGGUGACCUGCGAUGACUUAGAUGCCUGGAGGGAUGUGUUCUUCGGGACCCAGAUUUGCACAGAGUUUGAGCUCCUGGACAUGAUCGGCUCUUCGCGUGAUGGUUACUACCCUUGCCUAAAGCUGGAGCACUUUCAUGACAGGAGCACUGGGUUUUGGAUUUUUGGGUUUCAGGGGGCAUGCUUGGUUUAG